CCAGAAACCCGCCACUCCCAAGAUGGAGGCACAUUGCGCCGCCAUUAAGCGCUAGACUUCCGAUCCGUUCUCUCUAAGGCCGGCUUCAUGUUCCUACUCAAGAUGGCCGCCCCAGCGGCCGCACCCGCGCUCUUGCCACUCCCAACAUGGCGUCCCCGAGUUGCCGUUCUCCAAGCGUGGCGAGCAAAACGGAAGUGACGCAUCCUAGAGCGUUCCGUUUUCUUUCUGCUGCAGGAACCGCGGCUGCUGAGCCAAGCUGGUGCUGGGGCUAUUGACCUUUGUCUCGGCCUCGUGGAGAGAGAGGACACAUAGCACAUCUUCCUACAGCCUGCUUCCUGUCGCAGAACACACUUCCGGUCUCGACCCGGACGGAAUGCUGCUGCUGCUGCUGCUGCUGCUGCUACCCCUCUGCUGGGCCGUAGAGGUUAAGAGACCCCGGGGCGUUUCCCUCAGCAACCAUCACUUCUAUGACGAAUCUAAGCCUUUCACGUGUUUGGAUGGCACAGCCACCAUCCCGUUCGAUCAGGUGAACGAUGAUUACUGUGACUGCAAGGAUGGCUCCGAUGAGCCUGGCACAGCUGCUUGUCCCAAUGGCAGCUUCCACUGCACCAACACUGGGUACAAGCCCCUGUACAUCCUCUCUAGCCGGGUUAACGAUGGGGUAUGUGGUAAGUGGCAGUACUCUGGGGAUUUGGGGGAGGAGGUGUGCGUGGCCACAAUUAGCUUUUUUGUGGUACUUGUGUGUGUCUACUCCAGAGAGAAGGGUCGUAAGGAAAAAGAGUCCCUGCAGCAGCUGGCUGAGGUCACCCGGGAGGGCUUCCGCCUCAAGAAGAUGCUCAUUGAGGAGUGGAAGACAGCCCGGGAAGAGAAGCAGAGUAAGCUGCUUGAGCUUCAGGCUGGAAAGAAGUCUCUGGAAGACCAGGUAGAGAUGCUGCGGACAGUGAAGGAAGAAGCAGAGAAGCCGGAGAAGGAGGCCAAAGACCAGCACCGGAAGCUGUGGGAAGAGCAGCAAGCUGCUGCCAAGGCCCGGCGGGAACAGGAGCUGGCGGCCAGUGCCUUCCAGGAACUCGAUGACGACAAGGAUGGGAUGGUUUCGGUGGCUGAGCUACAGACUCACCCAGAGCUAGACACAGAUGGAGAUGCAGUGCUCUCCGAGGAGGAGGCCCAGGCCCUUCUCAGUGGGGACACACAGACUGACACUGCCUCCUUCUAUGACCGCGUCUGGGCCGGCAUCAGGGACAAGUACCGCUCUGAGGUGCUGCCCACUGAGAUGCCUGCCCCUUCUGCUCCGGAUGUAACUGAGCCCAAAGAGGAGCAGCCACCAGUGUUGCCACCCACAGAGGAGGAGGAAGAGGAGGAGGAAGAGGAGGAGGAGGAGGAAGAGGAAGAAGAGGAGGUGCAGGGGGAGAAACCCAAGGAGGCGCCAGCCCCUCUCCAGCCGCCACAGCCUGCCAGCCCCACUGAGGAUGAAAAGAUGCCACCCUACGAUGAGGAGACGCAGGCUGUCAUCGAUGCUGCACAGGAGGCCCGGAAUAAGUUUGAGGAAGCAGAGCGGUCCUUGAAAGAGAUGGAGGAGUCUAUCAGGAGUCUGGAACAAGAGAUCUCCUUUGAUUUCGGUCCCCACGGGGAGUUCGCGUACCUCUACAGCCAGUGCUACGAGCUCACCACCAACGAGUACAUCUACCGGCUUUGCCCCUUCAAACUGGUCUCCCAGAAACCCAAACAUGGGGGCUCCCCGACCAACCUUGGCACGUGGGGCUCGUGGGCUGGCCCCGAUCACGACAAGUUCAGCGCCAUGAAGUACGAGCAGGGUACCGGCUGCUGGCAGGGCCCCAACCGUUCCACCACAGUGCGCCUGCUGUGUGGCAAAGAGACUGUGGUGACCAGUACCACGGAGCCUAGUCGCUGUGAGUACCUCAUGGAGCUGACGACACCCGCGGCCUGCCCAGAACCGCCACCAGAGCCGCCCGCUGACGGGGACCAUGAUGAGCUGUAGCCUGGACCUCAAGGCCUGAAACCAGUCUACUGAUCCUGCAGUCUGUGGACCAAGGCCUGCCCACCCCGGGGUUCCUGGCCAUCCUCCUGGUAGCAGGAACCCCAUGCGGCUCGAAGCCCUACUUCUGGCCCAGGCUAGCCAAGCCAUCUGCAUUCCCGAGGCCCCAGCGGCCUCCAGAGAUGGAUAGAGGAGCUCACUCUCCUUGGAUUUCUGGGUGGGAGUUAUUCCCCGCCCACCUCACCCCUGCCUCCCCAGCUGGUGGGAGAUGAGUGGAUGACUUGACAUGUGACCUCAGAACAAUAAAUGUGACUCACCCACA